CAAGUAUUCAGUCUGUAUGAAAAAGCUUGGUCUGGUUCCCCUCUGCAGUUUGCUUGGCAGAAAACCUUAGGAAAUUUCUUUGCUGUGACAGGAGGUGAUCGUGCUGUGAAAAUUUUUGAUCGUCAUGGUCAGAAGAGAAAUGAAAUCAGCUUACCAGGCAACUGUGUUGCCAUGGACUGGGAUAAGGAUGGUGAUACUUUAGCAGUAAUCACAGACAAGUCUAGCACCAUAUUUCUGUGGGAUGCAAGCACAAACAAAACAAGCCAAGUUGACAGUGGCAUGAGGGAUGCAAUGUCUUUCUUGUUAUGGUCUCGAGUUGGAACUUUACUUGCUGUUGGAACAACAAAGGGAAACUUACUCAUAUAUAACCAUCAAACUUCUCGCAAGAUUUCUGUUCUUGGUAAGCACACUAAGAGGAUUACCUGUGGCUGUUGGAGUACUGAAAACCUCCUGGCUCUGGGUGGUGAAGACAAAAUGAUUACUAUUAGCAAUCAGGAAGGGGAUACUAUAAGACAGACCUCAGUGAACUCAGAUCCCAGUGAUAUGCAGUUCUCAGUUAUGAAGACUGAUGAAAGAGUAUCAACCAGGGAAAGCACAGUAAGUGUAGUGGUUGGCAAGAAGACUCUCUUCCUUUUUAAUUUGAAUGAUCCUGAUAACCCAAUUGAUCUGAAAUUUCAGCAGCCUUAUGGCAGUAUUGUAACCUACAAAUGGUAUGGUGAUGGCUACAUCAUGAUUGGUUUCUCACGAGGGCGUUUUGUAGUCAUUUCUACACACAUUCGUGAGAUAGGGCAAGAAAUCUUUCAAGCUCAUAAUCAUAAGGAUAAUCUGAGCAGCAUUGCUAUCUCACAGUCAUUAAACAAAGCUGCAUCAUGUGGAGACAAUUGCAUUAAAAUCCACGAUCUGACAGACCUGAAACAAAUGUAUGCCAUAAUAAACUUGGAUGAUGAAAACAAAGGUGCAGAUCAGAUGGCUUGGACAGAUGAUGGGCAGUUGUUGGCAGUAUCUACACGAAGAGGAUCCCUCCAUAUUUUCUUGACAAAGCUUCCAAUCCUUGGAGGUUCUUGUGGUACACGGAUUGCAUACCUCACCUCUCUUCUGGAAGUUACCAUAGCCAAUCAUGUGGAGAGAGAGCCACCAGUCACAGUCUCUGUUGAAGUAGAGCCCAGUUUUGUUGCUAUUGGUGUUUCUCAUUUGGCUGUAGGAAUGAACAAUCGAGCUUGGUUUUAUGCACUUGGAGAGAAUAAUGUAAAAAAGCUUAAAGAUGUGGAGUACCUGGGGACAGUAGCAAGUAUGCACCUUAAUUCUGAUUAUGCUGCUGCUCUCUUUGAGGGUAAAGUCCAGUUGCACAUGAUAGCAAGUGAAGGUUCAGGUGCUCGGGAAGAACGAGAAACUCGACUUUUCCCAGCAGAUGAUGAUAAAUACAGAAUUUUGUGCCAUGCUUUAACGAGUGACUUCCUCAUAUAUGGUACAGAUACUGGAGUUAUUCGUUAUUUCUAUGUUGAAGAUUGGCAAUAUGUGAAUGAAUAUCGACAUCCUGUCAGUGUGAGAAAGAUUUUUCCAGAUCCCAAUGGAACCAGAAUUGCUUUCAUAGAUGACAAGAGUGAUGGCUUUGUCUAUUGUCCAGUAAAUGAUAGUGUGUAUGAGAUUCCAGGCUUCUCACCAACUAUUAAAGGAAUCCUGUGGGAAAACUGGCCAAUGGAUAAAGGUGUUUUUGUUGCUUUUGAUGAUGAUAAGGUGUACACUUAUGUUUUUCAUAAGGAUGCCAUUCAAGGAUCAAAGGUUAUUUUGGCAGGUGGCACAGAAGUUCCCUAUUCCCAUAAACCUUUGUUGUUGUAUAAUGGAGAAUUAACUUGUCAGACUCAGAGUGGGAAAACAAACAACAUCAAUCUAAGCACUCACAGUUUCCUUGGCAAUUUGAAAGACUUUGGACCUAAUGAGCUGACACAAAUGCUUACUCAGACUCUAAUGCUGAAAAGGUUUUCUGAGGCAUGGGAGGUGUGCAGGCUUCUGAAUGAGCAGUCUGGAUGGAAUGAGCUGGCCAAAGCUUGCUUACAUCACAUGGAGGUGGAGUUUGCAAUUCGUGUUUACCGGACGUUCGGGAAUGCUGGGAUGGUGAUGUCUCUAGAGCAAAUAAAGGGAAUAGAAGACCACAAUCUUUUAGCAGGACAUCUGGCAAUGUUUACUGGUGAUUUUAAUUUGGCUCAGGAUUUAUAUCUGGCAUCCUCCUGUCCUAUUGCUGCACUUGAG